GCUGUAGUGCCCGGUGAGUGUGAUAGGCUGGUUGGAGAGGGGAACUGCAGCAGAGGAAGCAGAAGCCCCGAGUGCAACUCGGAGACCCAGCCGAACGAGGACGCGCCGUCUGGUAACCAACCGCUUCAUGCUGCUGCGUUUACUCUAAAGGCUUUCCUGGGAGACACUUCCUGUGUGAUUUACCAUGACAACUGAAUCAGGCGCAGACUCCGAGGCCAAGCAGCCACAGGAGAAUAAGGAGACGGGGAAGGGGAAAGCUAAAGCAGCAGCCGAACCCACCUCACCCCAGAACCAGCAGGAGCAGUUCCCAGCUGCUGCCGGACACAGCACCCCGGCCAAGAAAGAACAGCAGGAAGAUCAGGAGUCCCGCAGGUCGUCCACCAGCCGUCUGUCAAAAUCUCCUUUGAGAGGAGUAAAGAAGGUGAAGAUCAUGCAGUGUAAGGUCACUCUGCUGGACGGCUCCGACUUCACUGUCAAUGUGGAGAAACGAGCCAAAGGCCAAGUGUUUUUUGACAAAGUGUGUGACCACCUAAACCUACUGGAGAAGGACUACUUUGGCAUCACGUACCGAGACGUAGAGAAUCAAAAGAAUUGGUUGGACCCGACCAAAGAGAUGAAGAAGCAGAUCAGAACUGGUCCCUGGAACUUCUCUUUCAAUGUGAAGUUUUACCCCCCAGACCCCUCACAGUUGACUGAAGACAUCACGAGGUACUACCUGUGCUUGCAGCUAAGAGAUGAUAUAGUUUCGGGUCGCCUGCCUUGCUCGUUCGCCACCCACACGCUGCUGGGCUCGUACACGGUGCAGUCAGAACUCGGAGACUACGAUCCUGAAGAAAUGGGCAGCGAUUACAUCAGCGAACUGCGCCUCGCACCCAACCAGACCAAAGAACUUGAGGAGAAGGUCAUGGAGCUCCACAAGACAUACAAGGGGAUGACACCAGCUGAAGCAGAGAUGCAUUUCCUGGAAAAUGCCAAAAAGCUAUCCAUGUAUGGCGUUGACCUUCAUCACGCUAAGGACUCUGAGGCUGUGGAGAUAAUGCUAGGAGUUUGUGCAAGUGGCCUCCUCAUCUAUAGAGACCGGUUGCGGAUUAACAGAUUUGCCUGGCCCAAAAUCCUCAAAAUCUCCUACAAGAGGAACAACUUUUAUAUCAAAAUCCGUCCUGGUGAGUUUGAGCAGUUUGAAAGUACGAUUGGUUUCAAACUCCCAAACCAUCGCGCUGCCAAAAGACUAUGGAAGGUCUGCGUGGAGCACCACACCUUCUUCAGGCUCGUGUCUCCAGAGGCUCCCCCCAAAAAGUUCCUCAGCCUUGGCUCCAAGUUUCGUUACAGCGGCAGAACACAGGCUCAGACUCGUAGCGCCAGCGCUCAGAUCGCCAGGCCGGCCCCGCUUUUCGAGCGCUCCUCCAGCAAACGCUACAACAUGUCCCGCAGCUUAGAUGGGGCUCCUAUAAUGGAGAACCACGAGACUCCUGCCAAGGACGGCAGCGUUGACGGGGCACAGAAAGUCAUUGCCAAAGAGGACAUCAUCACCACGGUAACGACAGAGAGAAAGGCAGAGGAGGAGAAGGCGGAGCAGGAGGAGACACCAGAACCUGCUCCCACAACACCACUCAGACAUGACACAAAGCGCACCCCUCAUCUGUACACACAUGACCCCCUCCGCAACGAGCUUUCACUCCCCUCAUCUCCCGUCUCAUCAAAUAAAGUACGGCGCAGGCGCAGGGAGAGCGCACGCAAGCGGGCCUCAUCUGUUAGCCCAGUCAAGAGCGGCACCAGUUGCCGCCGGCGGCAAGCCCGCGCCGAACACAAAGCCGCCCUGUUGAAGGAGCAGGCGCUGCUGCUGUCAGCCCGCAGGCAGAGGCUGGAGCAGGGGAAGCGACACGGCGGCACUCUCUUCUCUUUCUCCUUGCACCUUCCCGACCUGUCCUCCAUCCUAGACGAGGACGGGUACAUCACCUUCCCUGAUCUGUCCGAGAUGCGCUUCCUCCCUGAGUGCGCGCAUCACUUCCUCCCCAUAAAAUCACCGUCACUCAUCCCUUGCUUCCUCUUCAUCUUCUUCUUCCUGCUCUCUACUUCCUUCUCCGUCCCCUACGCCCUCACCCUCUCCUUCCCACUGGCGCUGUGCCUCUGCUACCUGGAGCCCAAGGCAGCCUCCCUGACCGCCUCCAUAGCCCAGAGCUACCAUGACCAUGACAGUUCAGAGGAAGAGGAGACUGACAGCGAGCAAACAGACUUUGCCUUUGAUGGAGAGAUAACUGCUACAGAGUCGGAAGCAGAUGAGGACUCUGAGAUGCGGACUCAGUAUAGUUUCAUAAGACGAGUAAAAGGGGAAAACGUUUUUAUCAGACAUAGUAAUCUGAUGCUAGAGGACUCAGAGCCUCCUCCUGAGGUGGCCAAGCACCAGACAAAUGUCAGCGAACUGAAGCGCUCCUUCCUGGAAACCAGCGGCGGCGGCGGUAUGUCUGGUCAGACAGAAUGGGAGAAGAGACUCUCCUCGUCACCGCUGCGCUCACCCCGAGGAGAUGAAGCGCCGAUGAUUGAGCCGCUGGAGCCGCAGGACACUAAAGAUGAACAGCCAACUGGAGAUGAGACAAAAGAGGAGGUGGGACCUAAAGGCACCGUGGCGGCAGCAUAUCUGGUGAAAUACGUGGCGGAUAGUGUUAUAACAGAUGGGGCCACCUCCUCCGGGCCUCACGGGAUUAGUUUGUCAACCACUAUAGAUGACGACGUCUUCAUGGACGGUACCCUGAGGGAGGAGGUGGAAGAGAAAACUCCGGACUCCCAGGAGGAGGCAUCAGAGAAGUCAGUGGUGAAGGUCAGCCCCGGAGCUGUGAGACAGGAAGUGUCCCAGGCCAUCACUGACAAGAAAGGAGCACUCAUUAUCUUUAAGGAGGCAGAGGAUAAACCAGACGCUGAGGACAAAGAGAUGAGCGCCUUGGUUGAAAAAGAGGAGCCUGCUGUCCCAGCGGAGUUAGACACCGACAAGAAAGGGACGGAAACUUUCAAGGAAGACACUUGCGUUGGUGCAGAAGGGCAAACCGCAGGAGUCAAGCUGCUGAGUCUAAAGACGGAGAUAAAAACCGGUGACGCGACACAGAUUAAAGGCACUGACUCGCCUAAGAAAGCAAUGGCCUCCUGGAUUUCUGAGGAGGAGAAGGUGGAGGUUUCGGAGUUCGUCAGUGUGUCCACAAAGGAGGACACUUGGCUGAUGCAAAAGACAGAAAUCUUUACCUUUGAAGACGUCCAGUCUGUGCAGCCAAAGUCCAGCCUGACUCAGAUGUCAGUCUCUGAGACUUCAGCUACAUCCUUAGCAGUGUCUACGCUCGGAUGUGUUUCCUCUCAAAAGACAUCAGCUGUUGGGGAGGAGAAGACAGUGGUUGCCACGGAAACGGAGACAUCACCAGCCAAGCAAAUGACUCCUGACGGCGUGGAGGUGGCUGCCAAAGACAUGCCAGUGGUCCACACAGAGACGAAAACCAUCACCUAUGAGGCAUCCGAGGUUGACACCAACGGUGACGCAGACCCCGGGGUGCUGCUGAGCGCUCAGACCAUCACCUCGGAAACCACCAGCACCACCACGACCACGCACAUCACGAAGACGGUGAAAGGAGGAAUAUCAGAGACGAGAAUCGAGAAGAGGAUCGUCAUCACAGGAGACGCAGACAUCGACCACGAUGAGGCUCUGGCUCAGGCCAUAAAGGAGGCUAAAGAACAGCACCCUGACAUGUCAGUGACCAAAGUAGUCGUACAUAAAGAGACAGAGAUCACGCCGGAGGAGGGUGAGGAUUGACCCAGGAGUAACACCGAGGGCUGCUUUCUGUCCAGACCUCCCAGAGGCUCCGCACGCCCGCCACGUCGGGACUCGGAGGGGGGGAACCCCGCUCUCCAAACGCCGCAGCUCGCUGCUACACUCAAACAUCACCUGCAACACAAAUGAAUGCAUUCUGCAUGAGAAGGACGCAAAGCUGAAUUAUCAAACAAACGAGAAGAAAACGCCGUAAACAGUCUGAUUUUUUUAAGUUUUUAUUUUUUAAGAAAAUGGUUCCCAAUCCGUCUGCGCGCUGAAUCCCAGCAAAGCAAGCCGUUUGCUUUCACUGCCUUAUGACUUGGACGCGUUUUUAUGAUUACUGAAAAUAAUUAUUGUAGCAACAUUUUUAUUUAUGAAAUAAAGCCAUCACUCCAGAAACUUGUAAUUGCUGUAGGCUGUGUAUGUUAGAGAGCCAACACUAUUUAACCUCGCUGUAGAAGUGCCGACCUCGUUGCAAAAACAAGCAUUACUUCACUCCCCUUAAUGAUUUUUCCAGCUGGUGUGCCACUACAGACAGACCUCCACACCUCAGCACUGUACAUAAAGCUUCCUGAGGAAAAUGGCUCAUGAUCUUUUAAGGUUGAUUUGUGUAAUGUCUGUUUGAAUUGCAUUCAUUUCACUUUUUAAUGUAAUUUCAGUGUUUUAUUGUUGUUUCUCAUCAGUCGCUUACAACACUGCAAGGUCUGUUUGGGGCUGAAGCCUAGAAAUCAAUACGAAGGUUUGUUUUUUAAUGUGCCUGUGCAGGCUUUGACCGUGGCCUGCGGCACAAGUUUGUGUAAAGGCAAAGGGCUCAGGCAGCCAACCUGCCAGCUGUUUUGUCUCCUUCAUCACUUCACAUGUAUCUGACUCAUGUUCAGCCGUGUUUUACAGAAUGCUUUCCUUUUUAAUUUGCUGGUUUCCUCUGAAAUAAAGUGACUACAGUACAAAAA